GGGAUAGUUACCGAUGCAGACAUGAGUCACACAAUGACAUCAAGGAGUGUCGCAUUCAUUCGAGCUUCACUUGACACGCAGGAGGGAGAAAGCGAGCGUGUAUCGUCAGUCAACUCUACAGCUCUACAUACAGACGUUGACAGACUACAGUAUGUACCGUUGAUCGACAGUCGACACACCUGUCUGUCAACACUCAUACGCCAGAUGGAUGCAACAACAGAUGACUGACUGUCCGCCUGGCCGGCCUGUGCGUGUGACGUCAUGAUGGCGUGGCCCCUGGCUGCUGCAUCUGAGCCUUCUGCAUCUGCUCCUGCAGCUUCUCGCCCACCAUCUUGUGCACGUCAAAGUACUGCGUGCAAGACACACAAUUACACAGGCACAGACAGGUUCACUCUGUUUGUUUCCCUGUGCAGUGUUUUGUGAGGGCUGGCAGACCUUUGAGACGCAUCUAUCGACACAGCUCAUCUCGCCCAUGGCCAGUAUGCCCUCCCGCACGUUGGGGAUGCACUUGGACCAACACACAUUCUGCAUCCUGCACAGGCAAACCACAGACAGCAACCAAAGCACCGACGCCGCUCACUCACUGCCCUGCUCCUCUCCUUGCCAGGUCGGUGAUCACCUGCUGAACAAGUCGGCGAGUCCCUGCAUCUCUGUGACGGCGACCAUCACAGGAUCUAUCUGUUCUGCAUUCGGAGGAGCGUUCAUCUUCGCUUGCGGAGGAAAGAUGCAAAGAUUCUCACUGUUUGAAGAAUGUAG